AUGGCCGUCAUACUAUUGAUGGCCAUGAUGCUUCCUCUCCUGUGCAAGUCGGCCUUCACUGCAGAUGUCAGCGAUACAAUAGUGGACCUGUCCGUCAAGUGGUUCAAGAAUAUCGUCAAAUCUCACAAGACCGGGACUUUCAUAUUUUCACCGUUCCACAUGAUGUCAUCCUUGGCAUCCACGAUGCUUUGCACCAGUGGUGACACACGUGACGAAAUCGCCCGACUGUUAUCGAUUAACGUCUCACGUGAUCUCUCAAGCAACGAGGUCAUCGAAGAGGUUUCAAAAGCUUUACAGGCCUAUUCGCGCUAUUUCCCCGACUGUAUUUCCCCCAAAACAAUGUACAUUAAAAGCCUCGCGAGAGUGCCCGUUUUCUAUGAAAGAGACUACACCUUCGUUGAACAGCUAGCAGAACACUAUGAAUUCCUAAACCCCCAAAUCAACACAGCCAACUACAGCAGGACAGACACAGACACGAGUUUACAAGCCUUUAGUGCCUUAAUGAAUGAUUUCACUCGUGGGGAAAGCAGAAAUCUUUUUAGAGGUCUCAACCCAUCUACUUCACGGCCUUCAGAUAUCCCAUUGGUGAUGGCGAACGUGGUCCCUUCCAUAGGCCUGAAGGCCGCCUGGAAGUUCAAUCCUAACCUGACACGUUAUACCAACUUCUUUGUCAACAAGAAUCUAAAGAAGGAAGUGUCUAUGAUGUUAGAAAUGCCAAGGUCAGAUAACACAGUCCAGUACAAAGACUCCAGAAUCUACAAGGCACAAGCGAUAAAAGCGCCGAUGGACACUGGCAACGCAAGGAGACCUAUGGACAUCACUAUAGUCCUCCCUGACAAUGCAGAGGGUUUGGUCAAAGCAUCAGAAUGGUUGCCAGAGUUACUGCGAGGCAUCAGCUGGGAUCAUGCCCAUAUUCGCAAGCUGUACGUUCCAGAGAUUGAUUAUUCAAUCGUAGCUCUCGACCGGUUGAAUGCGAAACAUUUUGGCUUGAAUACACUAAAGUUAUUCCGAGAGGGUGCCGAAAUGUCCGUUCUUGGGGAAGAGUCCGGCAACACCUGGGUUUUUGAUCUCGUACACCAAUCCUUGUUCAAAUUGGAUGACGGACGGCGCAAUGAACGCGUUAUCACAUCAUAUAAGAUCUAUUACCUGCCCGAGUUCAAACUCAACCGACCGUUCUUCUUUUUCUUGACAGCUUACCCACGAAACAUAGUGUUUCUGGGUAGGGUUGAGGACCCAGAGCAGAUUGUGUCAAGUGGACAGACACGAACCAGUCAACCAGAAGAGCUGGAAUUGGCGACCACAGUUGGCAGAAGUAUCAACGAACCUGCGCCUGCGCACUCCGCUGAGGUUGUUCGCACUCUCAGCGAUUUGAAGGUCAUAUGUAUUGAGCUCCUUACUUGGGGCUUUUUCUUUCUUAUUUAG